AUGGAGGCGGCGGCUGCCGGCGUGGAGGCAGAUGAAGAGGAGGAAGAUGACGAUGAGUUUGUGUUGUUAUUACUGCCAUUGGAGACACAACAAUCAGCCCCAGACGCCAGAGGGGCACAAGACGACGAGGAGGCAGAUGAUGGACAUGAUGAAGAUGAUGUGGACGACGGUGUACAUGAAGUGGCAACACAAGAAGUGGCCGAAGAAGACAACGACGACGAUGUGGAAGAUGAAGAUGAAGACGAUGUCGUCAAGGAAGAUGACGAUGAAGCGGACCCUUUCAUUUUCGGCGACUUUUCCUGCUUGCUGUUGUCGGCGGUGGGAGAGGGUUUUAUCUUGUCCGGCAGGAGUACCCCAUUAGCAGUGGUGUUGCCACUGGUGCUACCCGGAGUGUUGGUGGUGCCACCACCCUGGUUGGUAGCACCAGUGCCCCCGCCAGACCCUGCAGUGUCGGACGAGGUGGUAAGACCCACAUUCGAAGAAGAGGCCCCGGACGACGAUGAACUAGACGAAGACGACAUUUCGAUAUCGACACAAACAUACAUAUCUUUUUUUCCUGGUGACGGUGCUGAUGUCGGUGUCCGGGGUAGCAGUCUGCUGUCUUGCCAAGGUAAGAUAUCUGGCUCCGUAGCAAUAGUAGUCGUCACCGUGGUGCUACUAAAUUCACUUAGUAGACAGGCAGCACCAAGAGCAGCAGCUCCUCCAUGCCUGCCAUUUCUCUCUCUUUCUCUUCUUCCCUAA